AUGUAUUUUUUUUAUAUUUCAGGAACUUUACUUGUUGUGAUAUGGUUUGCAAUCUCAUCAAUCUCAAGCCCUGACCAUUACCCUGAUAAAAAUUCAUUUCAACUAUUAUUUGUCUUUUGUUGUUCCGUAAUUGGGGGGAAACUUUUGGAAGUCAUUAGAAUACCUUCAGUGCCUCCACUUCCACCUCUUUUUGGGAUGUUAUUGGCUGGUUUUGCCAUUAGGAAUGCUCCAUAUAUCAGUGAGCGCAUCCAUGUUAGUAAGGAGUGGUCUUCAACUUUAAGAAAUAUUGCCCUUACCCUUAUCCUAAUAAAAGCUGGACUUGGACUCGAUCUACAGGCUUUGAAGCGUUUGACGAGAGUUUGUGUAAGGUUGUCCUUGGGGCCAUGCCUCAUGGAGGCAUUUUCAACUGCUGUUAUUUCCCACUUCCUUUUGAAUUUUCCCUGGCAAUGGGGAUUUCUUUUAGGUUUUGUAGUAGGUGCUGUCUCUCCUGCUGUUGUUGUCCCUUCCAUGCUACAGUUGCAAGAAGAAGGAUAUGGUGUUGAGAAAGGCAUUCCAACCUUACUAAUGGCUGCUAGCAGUGUAGAUGACAUCUUGGCUAUCACUGGAUUCAGUAUAUUCAUGAGCAUGGUCUUCUCUACAGGUGGCAUACUUCAUGAUCUCUUAACUUCUUUUCGGGAUGUAAUUUUGGGUAUGCUACUAGGAACAUUUUGGGGAAUUUGUCUUCGAUAUUUUCCAAGUGAAGAUCAGACAAAUCUUACAAUGAAGAGAGCAGGCCUUAUUUUGGGUUCAUGUGUAACUGCCGUCUUAGUCAGCAAUAGCAUCGGUACACAUGGAGCUGGAGGAUUAUUCACAAUAAUGUUGACUUUCAUUGGAGGAGCACAUUGGACCACAGACAGGAAUGAAGUUCAAAAAAUUAUUACAUUUGCAUGGGAUAUUUUUAAACCCCUCCUUUUUGCUUUGGUUGGAUUGGAAGUAUCUGUUGAAGCUCUUAAAUCAGAUGCUAUUGGUAUUUCUAUUGCUUGUAUGAGUUUGGCCUUAUUGGUUCGAAUUUCUGCUACAUUUUUCUUGGUGACUUUUGCUGGUUUUAAUUUUAAGGAGAAAAUAUUUAUUGCUCUGUCAUGGAUACCCAAAGCUACAGUCCAGGCUGUAUUAGGUCCUCUGGCUCUAGAAACUGCAAGAAUCAGCUCACCCCACUUGGAACCAUAUGCGAAGGAUGUGAUGACAAUAGCAUUUUUAGCCAUCUUGAUCACAGCUCCAAAUGGAGCUCUGCUUAUUAACAUACUGGGGCCCAGAUUACUUGCACGCUGUAGUCCAAACUAAACAAAACAAGAAUUAUCAUAAUGAGCACUUCAUUAAAAGUUCAUUUGUCAUCA